AAUUAGAUAUAUCAUAUAAUCAAGGGGGCUAAAAUGCAAUUAACCCCCAAAAUUUACAUAUUAACUUCACUCACUCACAAGUCACAACACGUGUGAAAAUCAUCGUUCUGCCAUUAAAACUACAAACCAAUUAUUAGUUAACUACUGUUUGUUUUUCUUGACUGUUUAGUACCAUUGUCCAAUCACAAUCUCCCAUUGUUUUGUAGCUUAAUUCUCUCUACCUUUUUUUUUUCUUUUAAACUUUUUUAGCAGAAUUAAAUUAUGAGCUGUAAUUUUGGCGAUUUGUGUGUAUUUUCUUGAUUCUUAAAUUCAUGGGGUUUCAUUCUCAAACAUAACGCAUGUGCUUGUCAGCUGUGUCAUGGAUUGCAGCAGAUAACCAAAAACAGCUGACUUUUCUUAUAUUUUUAUUCUUUUUAUUAUUUUUACUUUUAUAGUUUUUUCUUGGUUGAAUCUGAGAAUUUCAUAGGGAUUUGUGUUGAUGAUUUUUAUAUUCUUCAACUGAGCUAUCAGUAUAAAUGCCACCCCAUGUUUUUCUGUUUCUUGAUAGCCUUUGUUAAUGGAGGAGCCUAACUCAAUAUCAUUUCUUCUGUAAAAAAUAAAAUAAAACCCUAAUUUCAUAUUGGGAAUCCAAGAACCCUCUUUUUUUGGUGUUUCUGUUACUGGGCUGUGGCCAAAUUGAUUAAUGGGGUGUAAAUUUAGGUCAAUUUCAUGUUCAAUUUGCCUACUGUGGUUGAAUCUUUUUGUGGGUAUUGGUUACUCUUUGUAUAAUGCAGAUCAAGAAAACGAUAGGAUAACUUAUUUACCCGGUCAGCCGGAAAACAUCGGAUUCGAUCAGUACUCGGGUUAUGUAACUGUUAAUCAGCAAUCUGGUAGAGCAUUGUUUUACUGGUUAACUGAGGCACCUACUAAUAGAGGGCCCGAUUCACGGCCGCUUGUUUUGUGGCUCAAUGGUGGGCCCGGUUGCUCUUCGGUAGCUUAUGGAGCUGCCGAAGAAAUCGGGCCUUUUCGGAUUAAUUCGGAUGGGAAAACCCUUUACUCCAAUUCUUAUUCUUGGAACAAAUUGGCGAAUUUGCUCUUCCUUGAGUCGCCAGCUGGCGUUGGCUAUUCGUAUUCGAAUACUUCGUCGGAUUUGUAUACUGUAGGUGAUCAAAGAACAGCCGAAGAUGCUUAUGCGUUUCUGGUCAACUGGUUUGAGAGGUUUCCGCAGUACAAACAUCGAGACUUCUACAUUGCCGGAGAAAGUUAUGCAGGGCACUAUGUUCCUCAGCUAUCUCAAAUCGUCUACGAAAAAAACAAGGGAAUUCAAAACCCGGUUAUUAAUUUCAAGGGAUUCUUGGUGGGAAAUGCUGUAACCGAUGAUUUUCACGAUUAUGUUGGUACAUUCGAGUAUUGGUGGACACACGGUUUAAUUUCGGAUUCGACUUACAAAACUCUUCGAAUAACCUGUGAUUUGGGAUCUUCGACUCAUCCUUCGAGUGACUGUGUUAAAGCUCUUGACCUAGCCGAUAAAGAGAUGGGAAAUAUCGAUCCGUACAGCAUCUACACUCUCCCUUGCAAUACUACUUCUUCACUUAGGCUCCGUUUAAGGGGUCACUACCCAUGGAUGUCGAGGGCGUAUGAUCCUUGUACCGAGUACUCGCAAAUAUAUUUUAAUCUCGAUGAAGUUCAGAAGGCAUUUCAUGCCAACGUUACGGGAAUAUCCUACCCGUGGCAAUCGUGCAGUGAUGUGGUAGGUAAUUACUGGGCAGAUUCUCCUCUAUCCAUGCUUCCGAUUUAUCAAGAACUAAUAGCAGCUGGCCUCAGGAUUUGGGUAUUUAGUGGCGACACUGACUCGGUAGUGCCACUCACUGCAACUCGCUACUCGAUCGAUGCAUUGAAGCUGCCAACUCUCAAAAAGUGGUACCCUUGGUACGACAACGGAAAGGUCGGUGGAUGGAGCGAAAUAUACAAAGGAUUGACACUGGUGACGGUUACGGGAGCGGGGCACGAGGUUCCUCUUCAUCGGCCAAGACAGGCUUUUAUUCUUUUCCGAUCAUUUUUGGACAAUAAGCCCAUGCCAAGCUGAGACUAUUGUCUUCAAUUAAUAAAUAUAUAGGUAUUUAUUCGUAUCGAAAAAUAAAGGGAUUAUAUAUAUUUAUAUAUAUAUAUUUUUUUCUUUCUUAGUAAAAAAAAGAGAGAAGAUUGAAAUACGAGACUAUAGCUAUUGUUUUCGAUCGAUUUUUAAAUAAAUCUGUAUAGUUUGAUCAUGUAAUAUAGAGUUGCAUUCUCUGCAACAUCUUCUAAUUUAGUACUUGAAAGUGAAGAUACAGUUAUAUUUCAUAAAUUUAACUAGUCCUUUUUUUUUCAU